UUUACACGUCGAGGUCUCGAGCCCGUUAUUCUCGUUCACCCUGCAAAACUCGCAUUUACGCCGUUUUAUGGAGAAUUCCUACAAGAGUAAGCGCAGGUCUUUCAGUAAUAAAAUAUGCUCCGUGCCCAUGUGCAGCAACAGGACGUCUAAGACGAUCUCUCUGCACAAAUUCCCCCGGGACAAGCGUUAUCGCGACCUAUGGGCCAGACUUUUUCGAACGAGGAUCGUCACGAAAAACGACUACGCCUGCAACGCCCAUUUCGAGCCGAACUGCUUCUUCGCCACAAAAAAGGCUGUGAGGAGGAAGUUGAAAAAGGACGCGAUCCCCUCGUUGAAUCUGCCGGACAAAAAUUACUGGAAGACCGCCUCAGCGAGGAAGAAGGAAGCGAGAAAGAUCAGGAGGAUCAAGUUCUGGAGGGCGAAGAACAACCUGAAAAUCGACGACUUGCCACCGGAGCCGGACACGGACGAAGACGGAAACGAAGGCCUACCACUUCCGAUCACGGACGGAGACUUUGCCGUAGAGGAACCGGCGGAAGACGAAGGAUUGCCAUUGCCCAUCGAAGAAAUACAGACGCCAGAAAACGACCUACAAAGUUUCAGUGAAGACAUGGAUUCUUCCAGUGACGACAGGACGAAAGUGAAAAGGAACAGCAGGUCAUAUUGCAGUGUGCCUCAAUGCGGGACAUACGGCAGCUCAAAUAUCCCUAUGCAUUUUUUCCCGAAAGACAAGAAAGAAGCGAAGAAGUGGCAGAAGGUCCUUAAAAUACGAAAACCGCUGAGCGCUUAUAUGCUCGUCUGCGGCCAACAUUUCAAACCGACCGACUAUCUGCCUAAGAGGGCAGACCAAAAAUGCGGGAGGUUGAAAAGAGGUGCCGUUCCAAAUUUGAAUCUUCCCUCUAUGAGUCGGGAAGCAGCAAAAUCUAUCCAAAGGAGGCUGAGAGAAGUGGCAGAAGAAUACGCACACAUGAUGUUUCUUAACUGUCCAAAGGACCCGGUUAUCAGGAAUGAGUGCCUUUUGAAGCUACAAUCAAAAAUACCCGGUUUGAGUUACACUUCGAAAAUUAGAAAACUCAGACAAGUAGAUGAAAAAACCGUAUCUGCUGUCGAGGCGAAGCUGGCCGAGUUAAAAGCUAAGAAUGAAUGUAGAAUACAGAUCAAACAGGAAAUGAAAUCAGAUGAUGAGAUCAACUCUAAUGAUACGAAUGAUUCAAAUCAUUACGGCAUAACAUAUGAGGAGAUUCAAAUGCAGGAACUGAUGGAGGAUUUGAAAAAUGAGCCGGAAGAUUCUGAUAUGGAGGGAUACAGCCCUUUAAACAUUCCUGACGAGUACCAAGAAGACACAAUGCCAAACGAGACGAAAAUUAUUAAACGCCGUAUUACAGAUCAAGAGCUUGUUAGAUUAUUUUUGACGAAUGCCAGUUUAAUCAAGAGGUUUCUCAAGGAUAAGACUUUGCUCCAGAAGUAUCUCGAUGUUGCCGAGGAAGUGCAAAAAUCUGUAAACAAAGACAAGAAGGAUGAUUGUUCUGUGUUUGGAGAUUUUGUAGCGAAAAAACUCAAGGAACUGCCCACGCCUGAUUUAAGAAAAGAACUUCAGACUUGGAUUCAAAGGGGAAUUGAAUGCAUUGCUAAUAUCUAAAAGAACAUUUUUAACUAACACUAAAUGUAGUGUCUAUGUAUAUAUUGUUUGUAAUAUAAAAGACCAACUGUUGUAAAUAAUAAAUUUAAUAAGUCAUUGUUUUA